CUUUCAAUUGUCGGUGAAACCGGCGGGGAGGAUCGGAGGAUAAAAAGGAGGAGGCGCAAAUAAAACAAACGCAAUACAACUUUAAAUUUAUUAAAUCCCACGCGAAUACUACUCUCCCUCGUGGAUAUAAAGAUAUCAAAGAUGCCCGCAGCAACGAUUGGCAACAGUACUGUUCAAUCCUCGAGUCCAGAAGUGGGUUCUGGACCUGGGUCUGUUUUCUCCAUGACUGGCCAGUCAUCUGGGGCACAUACCGAGGCCAUGAAGCAAGUGCUUUGCGUCAUCGACAAGAAAGUCCGUAACAUGGAGAAGAAAAAGAGCAAGCUUGAUGACUACCAGGCAAAGAAGAACAGGGGAGAGCGUCUCAACCAGGACCAAUUGGAAGCCUUGUCCAAGUUCCAGGAGGUGGUGAAUAACGUAGACUUCGCUCGGGAGUUACAGAAAAGCCUCUUGGCUCUGGGUCAAGAUAUGCAGAAGGCGAUUAAAAAAUCUGCAAGACGAGAGCAGCUGCUGCGGGAGGAAGCGGAGCAGAAACGGCUGAAGUCUGUACUAGAGCUGCAGUUCCUGCUGGAGAGUCUGGGGGACGAGACUGUGCGACAGGACCUGAAGCAGGGCACCGACGGCUCACCUCUGCUCACGGAUGAGGAUCUAACGGACCUUGACAACCUCUACAAGCUGAUGCAGGUGGAGCGUGACCCCAACAGUAGGCUCACUGACCAAUUCGAGGAGGCGUCAGUACACCUCUGGGAGCUACUCGAGGGACGGGACAAGGAAGUAGCAGGAACCACAUACAAAGUACUCAAAGACACCUUGGACAGGGUUAUGUCGAGCGGAUACUUUGACAGAGCCCAUGCCCACCACAAUGGGGUGUGUGAGGAGCUGCAGCACGAGGAGCCGGUGGCAGCUAAGGUCGAGACGGAGGUGCCGCCUGCAGAGCCAGAAGGGGAGUUCACUGAGGAGGUCACAGAAUCGAUUGAAGUCGAAGGCCAAGAGUUUGUAAACCGGCAGUUCAUUCCGGAAAGUGCUUACAGCAGCAGAGACAAAGAACAUGGAGAAGAGUGGAAUGCAGAAUCAGAGGUCAGUACUGUCCAACAGCAGCAGCUGCCUGUGCAGGCAGGUCUCCCCGCCGCUGUGUCCGAACCCCACACACCAAACUCCGUCACGUCGGCACCCCCUGCAGACCCUGUGGUUCGAAAGCAGGCGGUACAGGACCUCAUGGCACAGAUGCAGGGUCCCUACAACUUCAUGCAGGACUCCAUGCUGGAGUUUGAUGGCCAGGCCCUAGACCCUGCCAUUGUGUCUGCCCAACCCAUGAAGUCCACUCAGAACAUGGACCUCCCACACAUGGUGUGCCCUCCAGUUCAUGCAGAAUCCCAACUGAUCCAACCCAGCACCAGUCCUGUACUGCUAGAACCCCCCCAGGUCUCUUUGAUCUCUUCCACGUCUGAAGCUUAUUCCUCAGCACAACCUCUGUACCAGUCCCCCCACACGACAGACCCCCCACCACAGACUGAUGCCAGCAGCCCCAUUCAGCAGGUGUUCCAGCCAGUACCAAAGGCGCUCCAUAGCAGCGGCAUCAAUGUGAACGCAGCCCCAUUCCAGUCCAUGCAGACGGUGUUCAACAUGAACGCCCCAGUGCCGCCGGGUAACGAGGUUGAUACCCUGAAGCAGCCCGGGCAGUACCCGAGCACCUACAGCCCCGGGUUCAGCAGCCAGGCGCCACACCCAGCCGAGCAGGCUGAGCUGCAGCCAGAGCAGCUGCAGUCUGUCAUUGGUGCCUUCCACACACAAGAGCAAACCAUUCCUGCCCCAGGAGGCCACCAGUCCAUGUCCCAGCAGGCCCCACAGCAGAGUGCGGCUUUCGGCCGGCCGGGACAGUCCUUCUACAACGGCAGGGCGAUGUCGCGUGGUGGGCUCAGGAACUCCAGAGGCAUGCUGAACGGAUUCAGGGCGCCCUCCAGUGGUUUCAGAGGUGGCUAUGAAGCUUAUCGCCCUCCUUUCGGCGACACCCCCGCCAGCGGUUAUGGACCAGCCCAAUUUAACCCCUCCCGCGACAGCAGCAGCUACCAACGGGAUGGGUACCAGCCGAAUUACAAGCGUGGAGCUGGCCAGGGCUCUCGAGGUACCUCUCGAGGGAAUGCUCAAGCCAUGAGGUCCUGAAGGUUUGGACUGUCCUCAAAGGCCACAGUGAACAUUCAAAGUGCAUCUGCCCAGCCCACCUAGUUACUUUGGCCCCUCCUCCCCUGAGUGGUUCCCAAACAUUCUCGAUCUGAGUGAGCCCGCUUUUAUGUAUUUAGAAGAAAUGGUAGAUGUCAAAAUUCAUGUAAAGCUGCAAUCCUUGGCAAACCUGUUUGGACACAAUCCUGUAAACUUGAAAGAUUCAUUAAUUUAUUUUUUGUAAAAAAAAAAUAAAACCUAAAAAUUCCCCCUCACUGCUGGUCUACUUCCUGAGAGUGCUUUUCUGACUGGCCGCUCUUUCGUUUAGGAUUCAACUUUUUUUUUAAUUUUUUUUUUUUUUAUACAUUUUAAGCUCCCACAUCCCACAUUUGUAAAUUUGAUGUUGCCUCUUCAAAGUUUCAAUAAAGAUGUGUUGCAUUA